ACGUUGGUGAAUAUGUCCCUCAGUCCAAGUCGACCUUCCUCAUCAGAGUUAGUGGAACUUCAUGUUUUUUAUGUCCCUGAAGGAUCUUGGAACUAUCAGUUAAAUACCAUUUCAAUAGAAGUUGUUAUAAUUUUAGCUGGAUUUAUAAGAGUAUCUCCUCACCUUACUUUACAAGCGCUGAGGGAGCAACUUGGUGAGUUCCUUGGUGAAGAUCCUGUUGCAGAAAAAUUUUUAUUUCUGAAAGGCAUUGGAAAUAAUCUAGCUGUAGUGAAGGCAAAUCAAGAAUCAGAACUGAAACUCAAAUCAUUUGCUCCUCCAUAUGCUCUUCAAUCAGAAUUAUAUUUGCUUCCUAUAAUGGAUCAUUUAGGAAAUAUGUAUUCAGCAUCAUCAGCAGUUUCUUUAGAUGUGCAGCAGACUAAUAAUGGUGUUGCUGAGGCUGAUGGAAUAAUACACAGACCACUUAGUGUAACUUUGUCAAAGGAAGAACCUGGAACAGAUCCCAGUUGUUUAGAAAACACUUUGAAAAAGCUUCUUAACAAGGAUCAGGAAGAAGCUGGGGGAAAAGCCAGUCCAAAUGAAAGUCAGACUGGAAAUAAUCAAAUUGGAAAUUCUGAAUUGCCAGGCUCACAGGAAGAUUCAGAUAAUGAUUAUUUUAGUGGCAAAAAAAGUCAGUUUCUUUGGAAAAAUGAAGAUGAUAGAACUAAUAUCAUUAGAAGAGAGGACAAUCAGCUAGCUAAAAAAGAGUACAUCAGCCUACCAGACCUUAUUGAUUUUACUUCAGUUCCUUGUCAACCUGCUCUUUCUCCAGGAAUAACUGAUAUAUCGUUAUUACAGAUUGAGAGAGAGAAUAUUAUUGAAAAAAUGAAACAAGUAAAGGAAGAAAGAAGAUAUCUGGAAAGAAUUAGAGAAGAACUAAUAAAAAAGGUUGAAAGGCUAUUGGAACAAGGCAAAUUAAAGCGAUAUCAUGGGAGAAUUGGCUCCUGCAAUACAUUGUGACCAGACCAGACUUCGUUCACCAUAAGACAUCA